GACAAUAUCUUUAAUUAUCUCCACGACUUGCGAAUAUCUUUGAAAAUACUACACUAAUUUAUCUGAAACAUGUUUUAGUCAACUUGCAAAACUUUUUAUAGGUUCGUGUGAAACAUGUGGGCGUGUGAUCCGACGUUCACUUCGACGGUGAUGGACAGUUACGGAGACGUGGUUGGGUCCACGUUCGCUCAAGCACUCACUAGUUUCCUCGCAGCGCAGUGUGCUCUUGUUGGAGACCAUCUGUGGCCAGAGGAUGCUAUUGACUCUGUUGUCAAUGGUAGUAGCUACGAUUUUGUGGUGGUCGGAGCAGGAUCAGCCGGCUCAGUCGUAGCAAACCGUUUAAGUGAAGUCUCAGAAUGGAAAGUAUUACUAGUGGAAGCUGGAGGAAAUCCUACUUUAACUACAGAGAUACCACAAGUAUUUUACAACAACAUGGGAACUAAAGAAGAUUGGAAUUACAAGACCGAACCGCAAUCUGGCGCAUGUCUCAGUUAUAACAAUAAAGCAUGCGCCUGGCCUAGAGGAAAAACUCUAGGUGGAACCAGUAGUAUCAAUGCUCAAUUUUAUGUCAGAGGAAACAAAUUAGACUACAAUGAAUGGGGAGACAACGGUAACUACGGUUGGAGCUACGAAGAUGUUCUGUCUUACUUUAAAAAAAGUGAAAAAUAUAUGGGAGAUAUUUCAGCAAAUGAUACCUAUCAUAGCACAGAAGGUGAAUUAUAUGUCACAAAAGAUAAAAAUUUAACGCCUUGGGAAGAGCUGGUUCUUAAAGCAUACCGAGAGCUAGGAGUACAAAAUGUAGACGAUAUAAACGGAGAAAAUCAAAUGGGUGUAACACAAAGUCAAAUUACCGUUUAUAACAAGACAAGAAUGAGUACCGCUAGAGCAUUUCUUUCGCCAAUUCGAAAUAGAAACAAUUUGCAUGUUAUCAAGAAUACAAUGGCUACAAAAAUCCUAUUUAAAGAGAAUACUAAUAUCGUAAACGGAAUUUUGUUACACAGAAAUGGACAUGAUUUCAUUAUUAAUGUGAAAAAAGAACUAAUAUUGUCAGCAGGAGCAAUUAAUUCACCGCAACUUUUAAUGUUGUCCGGUAUUGGGCCACAACAAGACUUAAACGCCCUAAAUAUUUCCGUAAAAGCUGAUUUGCAAGUCGGAAAAAACUUGCAAGAUCAUGUCUUUGUGCCAAUAAUAUAUACAGCACCCGUAAAUGAAUCAGAGCAUAUUACUCCAAGCAUUAUAACACAAAACUUCUACGAUUACAUGGUGAAUAAACAAGGCUUAUUGUGUGACACCAGUCCUCAUAGAAUUAUAGCCUUUGUCAACACCACUGAUUCGACUGCCACCAGUCCCGACUUACAAUUUCAUCAUGUUGUAUUUCCUCCAAAUAUUAAUUAUCUAUUAGAUAUGUUCGAAAAGCACGGGCUCAAGAGCGAUAUCGUAGAGCAAUUCCGUGAAAUGAAUAAAAAUAAAUACGCGGUGAUUAUAUAUAAUGUUUUAUUGAAACCGAAAUCCCGAGGAAAAAUUUCGCUUCAAAGCGAAAAUCCAUUUGAUCGUCCAUUGAUAUACGCUAAUUAUUUUAAUGACACUGAAGACAUGAUGACGCUGAUAAGAGGUAUGAGAAAAUAUUCUUUGAAAUUAGGCGAAACAGAUACUUUCAAACAAGCAGGAUUACAUUUAGAAUGGUUUAAGAUACCAGCAUGUGAUAGCCUUGAUAAAACAAGUGACGAAUUUUUGGAGUGCGUUUCAAGAGAGUUAACGUUUUCUUUGUAUCACCCAACGGGCACGGUCAAAAUGGGACCACAGGACGAUCCCACAGCAGUAGUGACACCUGAUUUAAAAGUACGAAAUAUCGAAAAUUUAAGAGUAAUCGAUGCUGGAAUUAUGUAUUCGAUUGUCAGAGGUAAUACCAAUGCACCAACAAUCAUGAUUGGAGAAAAAGGUGCAGAGCUUAUAAAGAAAUAUUGGCGCAACACUGUCGUAUAAAUAAUUGAGAUUUAAAAAAAAUAUAAUUAUGACCUAUGAUUAUUAAUGCUGUCGAAAAACAGAAAAAAUAUCCAAAAAGGUCCUUCUUCGAAGUGAGCGCGCCAAUUGUUAUCUUCAAAGGGUUGAAUUUAACUAAAUUCCAUUCGCCCCAUUUGGAGACCUACCCCUGAGAGUUUUCCAUUUCAACUCGGGUAAAUACGGAAACUUACACGGCUUUUACGACACAAAUACGGCUUUACCUAGAAAAAUGUGCCGUAAGACGUAGCUAGGGUAUUUGUGGUACGAAGUACGUCGGUAACUAAAUAGAUACGUUCAGGUUACUAGGUAACUUGACGUUGUCACAACUGCAGCAUUGAUAGUCAAAUUGGAUCAUUGAACAAACACUACCAAUUUAUUAAUAAACGUUUUGCAUGAAUAAAAAUAAAAUAAAA